AUGACCAACAGCAAGCAGCCCAGCACGACACCAAACACAACAGAGCGUAUGGGCAAAUCUCGGGCAGAUAAUGGUGUCGAGGAUGAUGAUGAUGGUGAUUAUGUCGAUGAUGAGGAUGAUGAUGGUGUCGUCGAUGCUGAUGAUAAAAAUGUCGAUGCUGAUGAUGAUGUAGAUGAUGAUGAUGUAGAUGAUGAUGAUGUCGAUAAUGAUGAUGUCGAUGAUGAUGAUGUUGAUGAUGUCGAGGAUGAUGAUGGUGUCGAAGAUGAUGAUGAUGAUGCUAAUGUCGAUGAUGAGAAUGAUAAAGAUGUCGUAUAUAAUGAUGAUGAUGUCGAGGAUGAUGAUGAUGAUGUCGAUGAUGUUGAUUAUGUCGAUGAUGAUGAUGAUGAUGAUGUCGAGGAUGUUUCAUAA